AUGCCAACAGUAGUCAACGCGAUUCUCUACCACUGGAUCGCACGUUUCGGCAUCCCACUGAGGAUCACAUCUGACCAGGGCGGCCAGUUCUUCUCAGACACGUUCAAGGAGCUCACGCGAAUUCUGGGUACCAAAAGGAUCAUGACAACACCAUUUCAUCCUCAAUCAAAUGGUUUGGUUGAGAGGUUACAUCGCCAACUGAAAGCAGUACUGCGAUGUCAUGGCGAAGCUUGGUACGACGCACUUCGCCUGGUACUUCUAGGGUUGAGAUCCGCGUGGAAGGAAGAUCUUCAAAUGACUCUUGCCGAGCUAACAUACGGGGAACCGAUCCGUCUACCUGGAAAAUUCCUCGUACCAUUAAACCAACAAACGGCAGCACCGGACCUGUUGAAAAAUCUACGUGAACAUUUCCGCAAGAUCGCACCGACCCCCGCUGCACAUCACGGUACACGCUCAACGUUCAUCUUCAAGGAUUUAUCAACGUGUACUCAUGUUUUCGUCCGCGAUGACCACGUACGGAUGGCAUACCGAUCUCCAUACAUCGGCCCAUGCCAUGUAAUCAGUCGUCACGACAAGUAUUUAGUCAUCUGGUACAAAUCCGGAGGUUUAGCAAGCUACAAAAACACACCAAUCUCCAUCGAUCGCCUGAAACCGGCGUACUGCCAGAGGACAUGGACCAGGUCCUAG